AUGAUGAAUCAAAACAAUGUGACGGAGUUCAUUCUUUUGGGAAUCACAAUUAAUCCGGUACUGAAAAAACUCUUGGCUGCUUUGUUUCUAAUUAUGUACAUGACCACAGUGUUGGGAAAUCUACUCAUGGUGGUAACAAUAACCAGAAGUCCAAGUCUGAGGUCACCCAUGUAUUUCUUCCUUUUAUGUCUGUCACUCAUGGAUGUCACUUACUCUUCUGUUAUUGCUCCAAAGUUGAUUAUAGAUUCCUUUUCUGAGAGGAGUAUUAUCUCAUUUGAAGGUUGCAUGACCCAGUUAUUUGCAGAACAUUUCUUUGGAGGUGUGGGCAUUAUCCUUCUCAUUGUGAUGGCCUAUGACCGCUAUGUGGCUAUCUGUAAGCCCCUGCACUACAUAACCAUCAUGAGUCCUCAGGUGUGCUGCUUAAUGGUAGGAGGAGCUUGGGUAGGAGGAUCCAUGCAUGCAACCAUUCAGCUUCUCUUUAUGUAUCAAAUACCAUUCUGUAGUCCCAAUGUCAUUGAUCACUUUAUGUGUGACUUGUUUCCAUUGCUGAAACUGGCCUGCAUGGACACACAUAUCUUGGGUCUCUUGGUCAUUCUCAACAGUGGGGUAAUGUGUUUGUCCAUUUUCCUUAUUCUUCUUACUUCCUACAUGGCAAUCCUGUGCUCUUUCAAGUUUUAUAGUUCUGAAGGGAGACGCAAAGCACUCUCCACAUGUAGCUCACACUUCACAGUAGUUGUGUUGUUUUUUGUACCAUGUAUUUUCUUAUAUGUGAGACCUGCAGCUACAUUGCCCAUUGAUAAAGAAGUUGCUAUAUUUUAUACUGUAAUAACUCCCAUGCUAAGUCCAUUAAUCUACACCUUGAGAAAUAGUCAGAUGAAAAAUGCCAUUAAGAUAUUUUUUAGUAGAAAAAUUCAGUCAAAGUACAAAUAA